AUGGCCUCCAUCUAGCAGCUCUCCUGCAUCUGCUCAGCCCUCAGCCUGCACUACAAUGAGGUGACUGCUCUGGCCAAUGUCAACAUCGGGAGCCUAAUCUGCAAUGUAGGGGCUGGUGGACCUGCCCCAGCAGCUGGUACUGCCCCAGCUGAGGAGAAGAAAGUGGAAGCAAAGAAAGAAGAAUCUGAGGCGUCUGAUGAUGACAUGGGCUUUGGUCUUUUUGACUAAA